GGAAGUAGCGUCCAUGAACAUAAUCCACCAGGCGCCCUGGUUGGUAUUCAUGGAGUACUACAGGCGGGGGUUCCAGGCCGACAACAGAUGUGGAGGGACCCUUAUCUCUAGUCGCCAUGUUGUCACGGCCGCGCAUUGCGUCAAGAAAAGUCGGUAUAUCAAAAUGGUAGCUAGACUUGGCGAAUAUGACCUCAACUCUGAGAUCGAUUGCGUAGCUGGAAUAUGUUCUGAUGAAGUCGUCAGGAUACCAGUGGUGGAAACCUUCGUGCACCCAGGAUACGAUGACAAGGAACAUGAUAUUGCUGUACUUAAGUUAAAGAAAGUAGUUUCUUUUAGUGAUUUCGUGAGACCAAUCUGCCUACCCUCAGGACAUAUCGAGAAGAACACAACCUUCAUUGCAGCAGGAUGGGGGGAGAUAUCCCGAGGGAUCUACAGCAGUACCACUAAACAUAUAGCCUUACCUUUAUUUCCUAAAAAGCAAUGUCAAAACGCAUAUCCUUCUGCCAAGUUAGCUGAAAAUAUUAUUUGCGCCGGUGGAGAACCGGAAAAGGAUAUGUGUAGGGGCGAUUCUGGGGGACCAUUAGCUUUGCCAAGGUAUGCAGGGUCGAUUGACUAUAAGGUGGAAUUAUGGGGGGUGAUUAGCUCAGGUUAUACUAAAUGCGGGACGGAAGGCAAGCCGGGUAUUUACACUAGUGUCAUUGACCAUAUGGACUGGAUUCGUGAGGUUGUGAGUCGUAAUUAAGACCGAUUU